AGAAGGCAGGAACACCCAUACCAUCACGUCAUGGAGCUAAGGAACUGGGGUGGGAGUGAAGGAACAGGACAGGACAGGACAGGACAGGCUGCUGAGCUGGGAACACACAGUCCACAGUGGGACUCUGUGAGAUAACACGUGUAACACACCCCCCCAGAGUCAGGGAGAGUUGGGGGCGACAGCAUCAUUAGGUGAGGUGGUUAGUGACUGAGUGAGAGAGUGACUGUGUUUGCAUUGCACACACACACACACACACAGAGCCUCUGCUCAGUCUGCACUGACUGCCACUGAUUUGAGUGGAUCUCACUCACAACCCUGUCCUGUGGUCCCUGCAAACCCUCUUGCAAAGCAUCGCCUGCGAUGUCAGGAAGGCUUAUGAAGAGAAGACAAAGAAAUAAGUUGGAGUUUUGGAAUUAGGAUCUUUGUCGUGCGAAUCUCUUUGCUGUGUGCGUGAGUGAGUGAAACUCCUAACCAAGCCAUGGCUACAGAGCGACCGGAGAUGGCAGCCUUAUUGAGUCCCAGACUUUGGUUCUCACUGCUAAUAAUCUGGGCUAGCAGAUGCCUGGCCCAAAAGGACUGCACUGGCGUUGACUGCCCCAUGUUGGAAAAUUGCAUUGAACAGGAGCUGGAGGUUGGAGCCUGUUGCUCAACAUGUGUGACCUAUGGCUGUGAGUGUGAGGGUUAUCAAUACUACGACUGCAUUAACGGGGGCUUCAGGAAUGGGAAGGUUCCUGAAGGCUCCUCAUACCUGGUUGACUACGGGAGCACCGAGUGCUUGUGCCCCCAGGGUGGGGGCAGGAUAAGCUGCCGUUUCAUCCUCUGCCCCGAGCUGGCCGCCAACUGCAUCCAGGUGCUGGAGCCGGCAGACGGCUGCCAGCAGUGUGCCCAGGUGGGCUGCCUCCACGAUGGGCAGAAGUACACGGCUGGGCACACGUUCCACAUGCCCCCUUGUAAGGUCUGCCACUGCCCCAACGCGGGGGGCGAGCUGAUGUGCUACCCGUUCCCCUACUGCAACGACAGCGGAGAGGACAAGGCGGUGGCUGCGGCCGGUGAGAGCGAAGAGGCGGUGAAGCAUUAUGAUGAUCCGUACAGCUUCGACCAAGAGUUUUCCCUGGAAAAUGACCACUAUCCCAAACCGCCACCCAAACAGCCCAAAGAGAUUGACCUGUUGAACAGCAGCAACCAACACAAGCCCGAGACCAGGGACUUCCCAACCGAGGAGGACUAUUACAAGGAAAACCAUAUCCCGGCCAUGCUUCCUGACGUUUUUCGCACCACGACUGAACCAAACACCAUUGAUGCGAUCCCAGUUGAUACAACCGCCCAGCCCGUCACUUUUAUGAAUCGACUUGAAGGUCUUUGGCGGAGGCAAGAGGAAGAGGAGAUAACCGAGCCAAGCGAGGAGGGCACGAAGAAGACCAGAGAGGGAGAGACGAGAGAAGAUGAAAUGAUCGAAGAAGACCAGAAGUUUGAAGACCAGAAGUUCAAAGCCUAUGAUGUUGAAGAGGGAGAAAAGUCACCUGUCUUCCCUACAGUCAAGUUUAGCUUUCCGAUACAGCCUCCCGUGGUGGUGAAGGAGGAUGACAAUGCUGUGCCAAACAAACAGCCUCAAACUCUCCUCAUUUAUCCCUUCGAUGAAGAGCAAUCGAUUCCCGUCACUCGCCUGGAACCGGGCUUGAAUGAAGAUUUCACAGGAGACGCAACAACCCAAGCCAGUCACCACCGGCUCCCGGAGAUAAAUCUCUCCACCUCUUCAUCUCCCGUCAGUGAGCUCCCGCUACCCACAACCAGCAGCGAGCUGCCAUUGCCAACCCAAGGCUUUGCGGGGGAUGUGGCUGAGAUGUGCUGUGCAGCCGGGCAACAGUGGUCAGCCUCCCACGGCCACUGCUUCGACAUGUCUCCGCAGUUUGCUGACUCCGCACUGUGCAGGAUCACCCAGAGUCAGUGCUGUGUGGCGUACCUGGAGGAGAGCAGCUGUUUUGCGGGAAUGACGGCAGUGAAGGAAAAGGGAACGUGCAGUGAGGAUCCCAACGAAGAGUGUGGCACCAGCAUGUACAAGAAAUGCUGUGACUGCUGUGAGUUGGGAAUUCUGUUCCGUGGCCAGGCUGGCUUGUGUGAGGGGAUUCCAGCAUUGGGCUACCCCUGCAGCCAGGUCUAUUUAAGCUGCUGUCAGGGAGCUGGCGAGUUCGACACUCCCGAAGUAAAAAGGCCAGAGAACAAGCCUCUGCCAUCGCCCACUCUGGCACCGGAGAGAGUCGUGGAGCCAGAGACCUCGCGAGAAGCUCUCUCCAUCAGUGAGGAGGAGACACAAGAGAACUCCAUCACGGAAGAUGACCUGGACGAGUGCACGGUCUACGCCGGCCAGCUGUGCGAGCACAUCUGUUUGAACACCCCAGGGUCCUACCAGUGCUCCUGUUCCCUGGGUUACCAGCUCCAGCCUGACCAAACCUCCUGUCGAUUAGAGGAAGCGGAUGAAGAAAAUUAUUUGAAAGAGGAGGAGCGUGUGAAGGACAACUCCACUCACACUCAGCCUGUGGACACCGUGGACAAGGACCUGUGUAGAGAUUCCAACCCGUGCAUGCACAACUGCACACAGCUGGGAGACGGAGUCAGCUGCUCCUGCCGGGAUGGUUACCGGCUGCUGUCCGAUCACACCUCCUGCGACGAUGUUAAUGAGUGUCUGACGGAUUCUCACAGCUGUUCGCUGGGCGAGAUCUGCAUCAACACCUUCGGCUCCUUCAGGUGCCAGCGAGAGAUUGUCUGCGGUCCCGGCUUCCAACGGAAGGACAACCAUUGCCAAGACGUGGAUGAGUGUAUGUUUGGUACCCACAACUGCUCAACGGAAGAAUCCUGUGUGAACAGCGAAGGCUCGUUCCAGUGUGUGGCGGCCGAGGUCUGCAAACAGGGGUUGAUCCGCAAUAGCAAUGGUGACUGUGUGGAUGUUAAUGAGUGUCUGACGGAUUCUCACAGCUGUUCGCUGGGCGAGAUCUGCAUCAACACCUUCGGCUCCUUCAGGUGCCAGCGAGAGAUUGUCUGCGGUCCCGGCUUCCAACGGAAGGACAACCAUUGCCAAGACGUGGAUGAGUGUAUGUUUGGUACCCACAACUGCUCAACGGAAGAAUCCUGUGUGAACAGCGAAGGCUCGUUCCAGUGUGUGGCGGCCGAGGUCUGCAAACAGGGGUUGAUCCGCAAUAGCAAUGGUGACUGUGUGGAUGUUAAUGAGUGUCUGACGGAUUCUCACAGCUGUUCGCUGGGCGAGAUCUGCAUCAACACCUUCGGCUCCUUCAGGUGCCAGCGAGAGAUUGUCUGCGGUCCCGGCUUCCAACGCAAGGACAACCAUUGCCAAGAUAUUGACGAGUGUGAGCAAGGGACUCACAACUGUGCCGCGGGCUACGAUUGUGUGAACACUCCCAGCUCGUUCCACUGCCGGUCCAGGGCCCAGUGCUCGGAGGGCUUCCUCCAGGACGCACAGGGCCAUUGCCACGAUAUUAACGAGUGCAGCAGACUGGCUCAGCCCUGCACUCCCGGGUUCAACUGCAUCAACACCGUCGGCUCCUACACCUGUCAGAACUACAUGAUCACCUGCGGGAGAGGAUACCACGCCAGCCCGGAGGGCACCCGCUGUGUGGAUAUCGACGAGUGCCAGACCGGUUUGCACCGUUGCGGGGAAGGGCAGCAGUGCCACAACGCUCCGGGCAGUUACAGGUGCGACUGCAAGAGCGGGUACCAAUACAACGCACUCAGCAGGACGUGCAUCGAUGUGAACGAGUGCUGGCGAUAUCCGGGCCGCCUGUGUGCCCACACCUGUGAGAACACCCCCGGCUCCUAUUACUGCUCCUGCAGUAUGGGCUUCCGGCUCAGUGCCGACCGCAAGAACUGUGAAGAUGUGAAUGAGUGUGAGAGCUCCCCGUGCGGCCAGGAAUGCGCCAAUGUGUACGGUUCUUAUCAGUGUUACUGCAGACUGGGCUUCCAACUCAGCCAGCUGGACGGACACUCCUGCACAGAUAUUGAUGAGUGCACCCAGAGUGGGGGAGCACUGUGUAUGUACCGCUGUCUCAACGUGCCUGGCAGCUACACCUGUGCCUGUCCUGAGGUGGGUUACACCACCUCACCCAACGGAAGGUCCUGUGUAGAUAUUGAUGAAUGUGCUAUAGGAUCACACAACUGCUCGGCAUCUGAGACGUGCUUCAAUAUUGAAGGGGGUUUCAGGUGCCUGAUGCUGGAUUGUCCCCCCAACUACAGACGAACUGGUGAUACGCGUUGUGAGAGAAUCAGCUGCAACAACUACAUGGACUGUCAGAACAUCCCGGUCAGAAUCACCUUCUACCAUCUCAGCUUCUCCACCAACGUACAGAUCCCCAGCACCAUCUUCCGCAUCUCCCCCUCGCCCGCGUACGUGGGGGACAGCAUCUCACUCAGCAUCGCCAAGGGCGACCCCGAGGGGCACUUCGGGACCCGCAAGCUGAACGCCUACACGGGCACCGUGUCUGCUCAGCGGCCGUUCCGGGAAGCCAAGGACUUCCUGCUGGACGUCGAGAUGAAACUGUGGCGUCAGGGCUCGCUCACUUCCUUCCUCGCUAAAAUCUAUGUGUUCGUCACCGCUCCUCCUUUCUAAGCCUCCGCCGCUCACACACCCACACCCACACCCCCCCCCCCAAACACACACAGCCUUUCAUCCCUUCCCUGCUCGCGCUCGCUCACACGCAACACAUUGCCAACGUGUCUUGACUCCCGUUUCCCGCAAGGACCCACGCCCCCCACCCCAAAAAAAAAUAAUAAUAAUAAUGA